AUGCCUCCAGAUGGAUCAACCUUCACGGCCUUAAACCUCCCACCAACAUUCGAAUUACCCCAAUGCAUGGAAUACUUCACACUCCGAGCGGGUCCAAACACAGACCUAUGGCGCAAACCCCCGAACGGCGAAACCUCCACCGCCCCAAUCGUCUUCACAUCCCUCCGCCACCCCUUCGUCGUAGCAGAAGUCACCGUCAGCGCAGACUGGGAAUUGGAAUGGGACCAAGGCGGUCUAGUCAUCUUCGCCGGCGCAGCACCACAAUCCCUCUCCUCCGUCGAUAGUCCAUUCCGCACCCGUUCACCCUGCAAAUGGGUGAAAGCCGGAAUGGAGUUUUCAUCGGGGACUGUGAACGCGUCGUCGGUGAGCGCAACGGCAGAUGGUGCGGAUUGGUGUUUAUCGCCGCUUGCGCAGUCGACUCAAGCAGGUGCGAUUCACUCGCUACGCAUCAAGCUUGAGCGGGUUGGUUAUGCGCUAUGGAUUUGGUAUCAGGUUCCGUCAGUAUUGCCGUUCGUUGUGUCGCCUGGUGCGGUGGGGAAUUCGUGGAAGAAGCUGCGUGAGGUGACGUGGUUCUUUUAUGGGGUUGAGGAUAAGUUUGUUCAUGUUGGGGUUUAUGCGAGUCGGCCGACGAGUUUGGCGCGUGGGGGAACUAUGUGGGAUGCCAUGCAUGGGUUGACGCUGGAUACUUCUUUACCGACGGGUUCGGCGGAUGGGUUGGUGGUUGAGUUUGAGGAUUUGGAGAUCUUUUAG